AUGGUGGAGGUCCAAUCCCAGUGGGCUCAGAGGGCUCUUCCUCAAGGCGAGCUAGAAGUCCAUCCCCAGGGCCAGCUAAGGGCACAACCUCAAGUCCAGCCAGGGUGUUUUGCUCAUGCCAAUGAGCAAAGAAGUGCCCUGUUUUGGACUAUAGCCAUCGGAGAGUUGCCCCAAAUGGCUAAAAAUCAUCCUAGAACUAAAAUGAUAGACAACUUGACGACAAUGGUGAAGAACGAGGAAAAACCGGGAAAGCGCUGCGUAAUCAUGGUAGAUGGAGAGGCCAGGGAAAGAAGGUGCAUCAAGAGAAGGAGAAGGGAUGAAACUGCAGCCGCACUUGGCUGCAUCGAGCAGCAGUUGGCGCCACAACAGCAAGUUGAUCAAGCUUCUCCACCUACCGCUGUGAAGAGAAGCUCAAGAUUUCGUGGUGUCAGCAGGCACAGAUUGACGGGACGAUUUGAAGCUCACUUGUGGGAUAAACUCUCCUGGAAUGCAACGCAAAAGAAGAAAGGGAAACAAGUUUACCUUGGAGCUUAUGAUGAAGAAGAAUCUGCAGCAAGAGCAUAUGAUUUAGCGGCACUUAAGUAUUGGGGGACUUCCACUUUCACCAAUUUCCCGGUGUCUGACUAUGCCAAGGAGAUUGGAAUAAUGCAAACCGUAACAAAAGAGCAGUACCUAGCCUCCUUGAGAAGAAGGAGCAGUGGCUUUUCAAGGGGUAAAUCGAAAUAUAGAGGUGUUGCCAGGCACCAUCACAACGGGAAAUGGGAAGCGAGGAUAGGAAGAGUUUUUGGGAACAAAUACCUCUACCUAGGCACGUACGAUACUCAAGAGGAGGCUGCUCGGGCUUAUGACAUUGCAGCAAUAGAGUACAGAGGCCUGAACGCUGUGACGAACUUCGACUUGAGUUCUUACAUCAGAUGGUUGAAGCCAGCUGCUGCAAACGUGAAUAUUGAAGAAACUCAAGAAGUGUUAUCUUUGAACUUCAGCUCUGGAGAGGAAUAUCCAUCAAGUGUUGGAGAUCAAAUUAGCUCUACUCAAAGGCAGGAAAUACCCGAAAGAAAAUUCCCGGUUAGCUCAAGCACAAAAGCUUCUUCUCCAACUGCACUCGGCCUCCUCCUCCGGUCCUCCAUGUACAGAGAAUUGGUGGAGAAGAAUUCCACUGUCUCUGAAGAUGAAGAUGAUGAAAGAGACACCGAACGGCAAGGUGAGAUGAUUAGCAGUAAUAAUGGGUAUGCAGGCAUAUUUUGUGAUGGAAAUGGUGGUAUCCCGUUUGUGUUCUCUUCCAGUUUUCAUGAUGUUGAGUUGGAGGGAGACUUCUAUUUGUGCCUAAAGCAACCAUAG